GGAGUGGAGUGUGAGUGGAGGCUUCCUAGCCGGUGUUAGCAAAACUGUACAGAACCUCAUUCGGAAUUCCUUCAAUUUAAGCGAUUUUCAGGAGUUCUUUGACGAGCCCAACAACAGAGGAAAUGGAGUAGCUGAAUGUUAAUGACAAGUAAACUCGAAAAGUGUAAACAUGGAGACUUAGUAAAGGCUAAAUGCCGAUGAGUAGCCCCGAAAUACACAGACUUUAACAUUAGAAGCAAUUUCCCAACAGUCCCAUAGUACAGAGGAGGCUUGGAGCCAUGGCAGGCAAGGGUCGCGGAGUGGCUGCCUUCACUUUCAACGUUGAGGCUCUGGGCAUCGGCAGGGGCAGCAUGCCAGAAGCCAGGGUGGGGCCCAGCCCGCUGUUUCCAAACACGGACUUUAAGCCAGUUCCUCUAAAAGCAGGCGAGGAGGAGGACUACAUGUUGGCAUUAAAACAGGAGAUGAGGGGAACUAUGCAACGGCUACCUCACAACAUCAAGCCUAACUCCAGUAAAGCAGAAGUGGAGAAGUACACAGAGAGAUACUUGAAGCAGAAACAGGCAGAGGAUGACGAAUGGACUCCAGACUGGAACCUCUUCCCAAAAGAAUUGAUGCCCCAAAAGAAAAAAACUCGAGUUAAACCAGGCACAAAGAAGAAAACUGUGAUAUCACGCAAAGACGCAGAGGCCAUGCUGAGUAAAUUAGAUGAACUGGCAAAGAAAGAUGAUGGGAACCCCGAAAAGUCAGAUGAUGAGACUGAUAAGAAAAAAGGGAAUGAGGAUGAUGAAGAAAUUGAGGAGGAAGAAUAUGAAGAGGAGGACAUUGAGGAGGAGAACGACUACAUCGAGAGCUAUUUUGACAAUGGCGAAGAUUUCGAUGCAGGCAGUGAUGAUAAUAUGGAUGGUGAAGGAACAUACUGAGACAGUGUGACUCAGUCCUGCAAACUGAAGCAAGCGUGAACUGCUGAAGAUCACAAUUAUGACGUGAACGACUGAGACGUUGAGAAUAUUGUUUAUAAUGGUUGUUUGUUUUGUUUGAUCAUGAGAGGAAAGCUUUCCUUAAGGACUUAUGUAAAUAAGAGAUGCCAAACUAUGUGCAUACUGGCAAUAAUUUAUUCAAAAUAGAUGUAUUUAUUUUGCAGCCUGUAGCACAUUCCCACAGUUUGAAAGGCACAUACUGUCAACAA